AAUAUCUAUUUUUAUGAUUUCCCUCGAAAAUUUAUCAGAUAAGGUAUGAUAAUUUGAUUAUUUUUAGUAUGAAGAUCAAUUCUCAAGACUUGAAAAUGCUGUAAUGAUUGAUACUAAAUUUUAUAGAUGAUUGAGCUAUUCAAAUAUGAAAAUUUGUUAAACAACGAGUAUUUAGUAAGAAAAUUCGAAACGGAUCUUGCAAAACCAGAUCAUUAUUUGUUAUAAUACGUGGUAGUUUAGAGGGAAAAUUCAAUAAAGAAUUAGUAUGUGUAAAAUGAAUAAAAUGACCGAAAGCAAUACCAUUUGAUCUUAACAGCUGUAUUCUAAUGAUGUAAUUCAUAAAUAUAGAUACUGAAAAAGUACGAUAAUUAAUUAUGGAACUUUGAUCACAGUCAAUUAUUAAUAAGACCAUAUUUUCGUAGUUUGAGGAAGAAAAUCCAAAUAAAAUCUGGAGCAUCCAACAUUAGUAGUAUUAAGGAAUCACUUAAAAAUGUGGGAUAGACUAGAGAAUAAUUGUAGUUUGAGGAAGAAAUUUAUUAGGCAGACAAAAGUUUAAUUAAAUUAACAUUGACAUGUCAGAGCGAAUAAUGUGCAGAUGAGAUUUUCACUUAUUUGAUGAACAAUAAAUCUAAAUUAUAAAUUGACUCUGUUAUGAUGCAAAGCAUUAACUAUUUAGAUGAAUUUCAUAAGUAAUUAAAUUUGAAGAAAUGUGCAAUGAUAUCAAAUAAAAAAUCACAUCAAUUUGAUGAUUAUGAAGGUGAGGAAGAGAGACAUGAUAGAGACAAUAAACAUUCUGGUUUUUCAAAAGGGAAAGGUCGAUAAAAUCAUGGAUAGUAGGAGAUACAACAUAAUGAAGAUUAUAAGAAUUAAAAAGGGAAGGGAAGAUUCAAUAAUGGAAACAGAUAAAAUAACGUAAUGAUUUAUCAAUAAUAUUAGUAAUACUAUUAAAAAGGAGAAUCGCAAUAAUAAUAUCAACUGGUUCAAAAAAGUGUUACUCAAAAAACGCCCAAGUAGUUGGUUAAAUAGACCCCAAUCAAUUAAGAUGAGUUCCCAACUUUGGGGACACAAUAGAAUUGAG